AUGUCCCAAGUUAAUUUACUAGAGUUUCAAGAUUAUUUGAUUUAUUCCCAAACUUUUAACAGUUUGUUAGAAUCCGAAUCCCUUUCUUCAGAUAUGCAAUCAGGAUCCAUGAGUACAUUUGCUCCACCUCCAGCAAUUGCUUUAGAACCAUCUAUACAAGAUGAUGAUGGUGUACCAAAGAGAUCACCAGCAAGAUUAUUUGACCGUUGGAGAUCAAAGGAUAAGAAAUCUACAACAUCAUCCUCUUCCAAAGAUACUCACCACCAUCGUCAUCACCACAAACAAGAAAUACUGAAGUCUUCACAAUCACUGAAGCAAAGAAUACCAUCCACAACAACACCACUGCAAAUAAUUACGAAACAAGAAAUUCCAAAUAGACGUUUUGAACGUUCUGAACCAUCGUCACCAUUAAGUCUUGCUUCUACAGAUAAUAGUUCAAGUUUAUCAUCGAGUGCAGGUUCCAUAUUUUCAGAUUCAAAGAAUAACAUAAGCACACAGUUGCUACUUCUAGACGAUAUAGAUGAUAUAUUAGAAGAGAUAGACGAUGCAGAGAUAUAUGAUGCAGAGAAGGUGACAAUAACAUACAUAAGUUCUAACUUGUGUAGUUUCACGUGA